AUGGCGUCCCUCGUGCCCCGGCUCCUUGGCCGCCGGGCUCUGCAACCCGCCGUUGCUCUACGCUCUCCACGCGAUCCUUGGAUGCGAUUCCACGGCGCAAAUCCCCCACGCCCCUGCCCGCUGUUCCGGCCUUCCCUGGGGGUUGAUGGAUGCGCGAGAGCUGCGCGGAGAUGGUGGUUUCUCUCGCCGGUAAGGCACCGGAGCACGGCGGUGACGCUGAACACGGACGGAGGCUUUGCGCGCUUCUCGGUCGGAGAUCCGGGCACGAAUCAGAAUGGGGGGCAGAAUCAGCCGCAAGCGAAGAAGAAGAAGAUGUCCAAGAAGUCCAAGGUCAACCAGCUCAAGUGGUAUCGCCUCAAGGCCAAAAAGAAGAUGAAGUCGCCCAACCCCGAAGUCAGGAUAAGAUACAAGCUCGAAAAGGCCAAGAGGAAAGAAGAAUGGCUGAUUGAGAAACUCAGGAAGUACGAGGCCCCGAGGGCUCCGGAGCCGGUUCAUGACCCUGAGAUUCUGACCGAGGAGGAGAAGUUCUAUCUGAAACGGACUGGGGAGAAGAAAAAGAACUAUGUUCCUGUUGGGAGGAGAGGGGUGUUUGGUGGUGUGGUUCUCAACAUGCACCUCCACUGGAAGAAGCAUGAGACUAUGCAAGUAGUCUGCAAGCCCUGUCGACCUGGGCAAGUGUAUGAGUACGCAGAGGAGUUGGCGAGGCUCAGCAAAGGGACAGUUAUUGAUAUUAAACCUAAUAAUACCAUUAUCUUUUAUCGUGGAAAGAAUUAUGUGCAGCCAAAGGUUAUGUCACCUCCUGAUACUCUUUCUAAGCAGAAGGCCUUGGAGAAAUAUAGGUAUGAACAGUCUCUUGAACAUACCAGUAAAUUUAUUGAGCAGCUGGAACAGGAGCUUGAAGAUUACCAGAAGCAUGUUGCUUUAUUUAAGAAGCGUGAAGGGGCUAUUUCUGAGCAAAUCAGUAAUGAAGACUCUGAUGUGGAUGACCUCACAACUAGCUCAGAUACCGAUUGA